AACUCUUACAGGAACAAGAGAAUACGGAAAAUAAAAAUAUUACGAUGUCAGAGUGUUAUUUCUCAUGUUAUUUGUCAGUUAUUAAUAUUUAUUACACUGAAAAUAGUCUGAAAAUAUAUCAUCAACUGUGAUGAAAUAUCAUGUACCAAUGUUUUAAUGUUUUCGUUUCAAAUAAGUUUCACUUAGAGAACCAAUUAAAGAUUCAAAAUGGAAGAUAGAAAUGAGGAAGAAAAUAUUUCAGAAGUUCAAGAUGUUGAAAUGUCGAGAACUGAGAAAGAAGAAUUUGUGAUUGAUUUAGAUGGAGUUGAGGAUUAUGAAGUCCUUGAUAGGUCUGACAAAAAAAUUAAGUUUGGAAAUUUGUAUAAAGACCAGAAAACAAUUGUUAUAUUUAUCAGAAAUUUUCUUUGCUUCAUGUAUAGAGAAUAUGUAGAGGAUCUCGUCAAAAUAAAUGAAGAUGACUUGAAAGAGUCUGGUGUCAAACUGAUUCUUAUUGGAUGUGCUGAUACAAAGUUUUUAGAUGCAUACAUCAAAGACACCAAGCUGAAGUUCCCCAUCUAUGUUGACCCAGAGAGGAAACUUUACAAAAUGAUUGGACUUCUAGAUAAACCAAGAAAAACAGUCAUGUGUAGAGAAAGCAAACAUGUGAAAUCUGGUAAAGUGGUAGGGUUAAUGAAGAUGGUAUGGAAGACAAUGACAUCAGGAUACCAGGAGCUGCAGGGGGAUAUGGAACAACAGGGUGGUGCUUUUAUAUUGGGACCAGGCAAUGAUGUUCAUUUCUACCACAUAGACCUUGUAUCUAAUGACCACUGUCCAAUCAAUGAUCUGAUGGAGAAAUGCGGGCUGCCAUUUAUAAACUUUCCAAAUGACAAACGUCCUGAGAAUAUUUAGGAGGAAAGAAAUCACUUCAUAAUGUGUAUUAUCAUGAUAUAUAUCACGAUAUUAUGAAUAGGUGCCAUGAUAUUACUUAGUUGUGAAUACUGCAAUGCUGUUGUUCCAUGUGUAAUAAUACCAUGAUGUUAUUUAGUGUGUAAUCAAGCCAUGGUGUUAUUUUGUGUAUUGUGAUAACAUGAUGUGUGUGUAAUAAUGUCAUGAUCUUAUUUACAGGGUGCCAAAAAAUAUUUUCACCCCCUUAACUUUUACAUCCACAUAAUGUUUUAUAACUUUGUUGUCUGCAGUAUUUAUUCAGUAAAUUAAAACUAGGCUACAUGAAGCAAAUCAUCAUAAAGUUUCAGAUGACUAGCUGAACUAAAUGCACUUAUGUUUAUAGUCUUGCUAUAAGUAGAACAUAUUUAUUUGACACCCUGUACAUGUACAUAAGUAUACAAAUAUUGACUGCCAUUGAGGGAAGUAGUGCAAAAUAUU